UAGGCCUUAAAAGACUUGAGUCCAUGGCCGUAAAAUAAAUAAAAAAAUAAAAUAGUAUGUGUUUUAUUUGCUUGUGUUAUUCUUGAAAUUAUUGAUCGUGAAAUGCAAAGUAAAAAAUUGUAGGUACUGUGCAAUGUGCAUUUGGAAAGCAGUUUAGUAAGUAAUUAAUUAUUACAAUAAUUAACCACGAUGUCUUGUAACUACGCAGAAGGUUUAUCACCCUAUGAACAUAAAGGUGUUCUUGGUGUACCCGAGAGAUUUGAUUCCAUUGAAAAACUGGAUGAAAAAUGUCGCAUUUUAGCGGAGCUUCUAAAAACAAGCAAGCAUGUGGUAGUUCAUACUGGAGCAGGAAUAAGUACUUCAGCAGGGAUACCAGAUUUUCGAGGCCCCAAUGGAGUGUGGACGUUAGAGAAAAAAGGAAUGAAGCCAUCAAUAAACGUGUCAUUUGCAGAAGCAAAACCAACGAAGACCCACAUGAUACUGAAGAAACUUGUAGACAGUAACAUAGUGAAGUACAUAAUCAGUCAAAACAUUGAUGGACUACAUUUGAAAUCAGGGUUAGCCAGGAAAUAUUUGGCUGAGUUGCAUGGAAAUAUGUUCAUAGAUGAAUGUAAUUUGUGUAAAAGGCAGUUUGUCCGGAGCUGUCCAGUGGAGACAGUGGGUAAGAAGUGCAGUGGCGUGCCGUGCGCGUCCGGCCACGCCGGGGGCCGGCCGUGCCGCGGACGCCUUUACGACGGAGUGCUCGACUGGGAGCACAGUCUACCUGAAAGCGAUCUCUCUAUGUCAGAGCUACAUUCCAGCCUAGCUGAUCUCAGUAUAUGCUUGGGCACAACUCUUCAAAUCAUUCCAAGCGGAAACCUGCCAUUAGAAACUCUCAAGUACGGAGGAAAAUUAGUCAUAUGUAAUCUGCAGCCUACUAAACAUGAUAACAAAGCAGAUUUAGUUAUAAAUUAUUACGUCGAUGAUAUAUUAGAAAAAAUCAUGACAAUUCUAGGUUUAGAAAUACCUGAAUACAAUGAUGCCGAUAAUUAUAUAAAAUUAGCUGAAUACAAUAUAAUAGAUUGGACCGUAAAACGCAAAGAUGUACUAGCGUUAGAAAAAGUAUUCAAAGCCAAGUCCAAAGGGGUAAAGAAAAAGCGAAUAUUAGUCAAAAACAAAAGAAAUAGUACCGAAGUUGGAUCUUCGAGUGAUGAUGACAAGUCAAAAGUAAUCAAAUUAGAAAAUAAGGAAGCUAAUAAUGUUGCUCCAAGUCCAACAUUACUUGGUAAGAAUACAAGAACUAAGAUAGAAACAACGACAAAUGAAACUACAAGCGGUGAUGACAAUGCUAAAGUGAUCAAAUCAGAAAAUGAGGAAGGGAAUAAUGAUAUUGCAAAAGUAAUACUUGGCGAAAAUAAAAGAACUAGCACGGAAAUAACGGCCUUUGGAAUUGCAAAUAAUGAUGAUAAUGAUAAAAUGAUCAAAUCUGAAAAUGAGGAACUGAAUAAUGAUAAUGAGAGUGUAUCAUUACCUGGUAAGAAUGAAACAGAUAAUGCAGAAACACUGGCAAAUGGAACUGUAAGGGACGGUAAAAACUCUAAAGUGGCCACAUCAGAAAUUAAAAAUAGUGAAAAUAUCACUUCUGAUUGUGAAGAUGUAAUUAUAAGUGAAUAAAGACUUUUUGAUAUA